AUGACGGUCGAGCAGCGCGGCGACGCUGUGGCCGGCGCGGCCGCCGCAACGGCGCGCGUCACAAUCGGCGUGCUCGCGCUGCAGGGCAGCUUCCGCGAGCACAUGGCGCUGCUCUCGAAAAUCGAGGGCGUCACUGCUGUCGAGGUCCGCACCAAGGAGGAGCUGGCGGGAGUGGCCGGCCUCGUCAUCCCAGGCGGCGAGAGCACCACUAUGGCGCACAUCGCCGAGCGCUGGGGCCUCAUCCCGGAGCUUCAGGCGUUUGCCAAGCAGGGGCGGCCCAUCUGGGGCACCUGUGCCGGGAUGAUCUUUCUGGCAGAGCGCGCAGAGGGCCAGAAGAAGGGCGGCCAGUCGCUGCUGGGCGGCCUGGACGUCUGCGUCUCCCGCAACUUCUUCGGCGCCCAGGUCAACUCGUUCGAGGCGCAGCUGCCGGCGCCGGCAGAGCUGCGGUCGCUCGGCGGCGCGGGCACGUUCCGCGCGGUGUUCAUCCGCGCGCCGGCGGUGGUGGAGGUCGGCGGCGGCGUGGAGGUGCUGGCAGAGUAUGAGCUGACAGAGGCGGAGGCGCAGAAGGCAGGCGGGCGCGCGCGCGUCGCGGUGGCGGUGCGCGGGGGGCCGCUGCUGGCGACGGCGUUCCACCCGGAGCUGACGUCGGACCUGCGGUGGCACCAGCUGUUUGUGGAGAUGGUGCGCCGCGAGGCGGCGCAGCGGCAGCAGCAGCAGGACGAGGCCGAGCGGCAGGCGGCGGAGCAGCAGCAGGGCGCGCCGCUGCGCGCGCCCACGCGGCCAGCCGACCUGCCUGUCUAUGGGCAGCAGUUCCUCAGCAGGGCCUGA